CCAUUGGCUAUCAUCAUUUACGAAGUGCCAAAAAAAAAAAAGGAAGUUUCUCCACGAGAAAGGAAGUUUUUCAUUUACUUUCUUCUAUUUUUUGGUCUUUUAGUUCAGUUCUGAACUUUUAAUGUUUGAUUUUCUUACAACUAUUACCCCCACUUCUUCAGAUGCCUCUCUCUCACCUUCUGUCUCUCUCUGGGUUUUGCCUUCCUUUAAGCAGGUGACCCUUCUAUGAUUUGGAAGGAAUCUGAACCAAGAGAUAUUCGCAGUGCCGCCGUGUUAUCGAGCUAAAUCGAACCACUAUGUCGGCUUACGGCCAUCAAAUGGAACGCGAAUUCUCCGCUCAGAGUCUUUUAAGCAGGGGAGACACCGGAACCGAGAUGGGAAGCCGUUACGUCUCCGAGUCUGGAUUCUACAUGACAUCUUUCGCCGCAACGAUCUUCAUCGCCGGUUUAGUAACCAUCGGUGUCGUGUUAGUAACUUCAGUAGUUUCAUUAGCGGUAAUGUUGCAAUCAUGCGAGAAUAAAAGCAAAGGAGUCGUGGCGACGAUCGAUAAAGCCAACGAUAAUCACCAUUACUGUGAGAUUCUCGCCCUCCACGGUGAGCUCAACGGCCUUAAACCCGACAACGUCCCUCCGCUCUGUAGGAACCUCGCCGUUCAGUACAUCGAAACAGGAGGAUACACAAGAGACUUGGAUUUCGUAAUGCGUAUGAUCGAAAACUUUUUCGAUACUGUUUCACCGUCGAAAAAUCGAACGGAUGCAGUGUUAAUAGACAUCGACAACAUCCUUGUGUCGGAUCCAAGCGUCCGACGGAUACUCGAAUCGUACACGAAACUUCAUUCUAGAGGAUGGUUAUUGAUUCUCUUAUCAAGAAAACAUGAGAAACAACGACAUGUUACCACUAAACACCUUAAUUCUUUAGGAUUUAGUGGUUGGUCUUCAUUGAUUAUGAGGUCGGAUUUAGAAAUGGAAAUGGAAACAAGGGAGUAUUUUUGUAGACGAAGAACUGAAAUGAAGGAACAAGGUAAUGAAAUAAUGAGUGUGAUUAGCAGUCAAAUGGAUGCUUUAAUGGGGUUGUCAUUAGGAAUUCAGCUUUUUAAGCUUCCAAAUCCUCUGUAUUAUAAUUUUGAAAAUAACUAUGAAAGCAGGAUCCAUGGGCUUGUACAAAUCGAAAAUUAGAUUUGGAUCGUCCUUAGGUUUUUCAAUGACCGACUAGUUCAAUUCGUUUUCAA